AUAGCUUUUACUCCUCUGAUUCAUUGCCGUUGAAUCAGAAAUUAGGGGUGUUCACUGCAUGCUAAUAUUUUCCAGGCUUUGUUUUGUUUCCUGGUGACUGAAACAAAAAAAGCAUAAGGGCAAGUGUCCUGGAGUGCCAUACUGAUGGGGAAUUACGUUUGUAAGUAAAAGGGAACUGAUUCUCUCUCAGCAACAAAAACCUGCAACAAAGACUCGGAGCUGAUCACAAACCAUGGAUGUUUCAGACCCAGAGGACAGCAGCUAUGAGGACUAUUAUAACUCAGAGGGGCUUGAGGAAAUUGGAAUCUGCAAGAAGACACAUGUAAAGGAUUUCAGCCGUGUGUUUCUACCUGUGUUGUACUCCAUUACUUGUGUACUGAGCAUUAUUGCCAAUUUUACCCUUCUUACAUUGUUCAUCAAAUAUAAAACUCUGAGGAAGGUUUUGCCUCUGCACAUGGUCAUAUCGGAUAUUCUUUUCACACUGAGCCUUCCCUUCUGGGCAGUGUAUGCCAGCAGCGAGUGGAUCUUUGGUGAUCAAAGCUGUAAGGCAGUCUCAUUGGUUUACAUGGUGAGCUUGUAUAGCAGCAACCUGUUUGUUGCUAGUCAGAGCUUGGAGAGAUUUAUGGAUCUUGCGUGUGUUGUUUCCACCACCAGCAUCUUUAAAAGUCCAAAGAGGAAUACAAUCAUGUGCAGUUUGGUGUGGCUUUUCUCAGUCUUGGGUGCAGCUGUUCAUGUCAGCUUCGUUGAGACUCAAAAGUCCCACGACCAGUACAUUUGCACUUAUCACUUCAACGAUAAAGAUGGCUGGAAAAUCUACACAAGAUUUCAGAUGAACAUACUUGGGUUCGUCGUACCGUUUCUAGUGCUCCUAUUUUGCUCUGUCAGACUACCGUGUGUAGCUGAGGUGAGGAGCACGUUCAAGGUGUUUAGACACGAAGCUGGAUUCACCAUCAUGUUUUUUCUCCUCUGGUUUCCAUACAGUGUGGUAAUUUUCCUGUAUGCUUUGCAAGACCUUCACGUGUUUUAUGCAUGCACCACUAACAUACAUUUUGACUUUGCCAUUCAUGUGACAGAAUGUAUUGCUUUCAUGCAUGUUUUCACCAAUCCUGUUCUGUACAUCUCCUUAAACAAAAAAGUCUGGAGACGACUCAGAAAUGCUUGUAAAACGCCAAGAGAGUAUCUGCUGGAGAAAUCCAACAGUUCAUCUGUCAUGUUAAGUCAGCAUGGAGCUAUUGAGUUGAAAGCGGUUCAGCAAUAUCAAGCUCAUGACCUGAGCGUUAGUGCUGAACGACCUAAUAACUUCUUACCUGAGCUAAUGUAAAAGCUUUGUUUCAUUUAUCGCAGCUUUUAAUAGUUAUGCCUACAAUGCUGUUUCUGUUAGCUUGGGUUUAUAUGCCAAUACAUAAUGCUUUCAGUAAAAUCUAUUGAAGUUCUUUCCA